AUGCCUCUCAUGACGGCCCGCGAUCGUCAGGCCUACAGGGCCGACGAAACCAAACGCCACGAGCUUCUAUCCGAGAAGGAGAAACAAAGGAUGCUUCAGUCCUAUCUCCCAAAGCCGAACGAUACUCUGCCUACACGUAGCUCCGGCUCUCUACCACAGCGAAGGUCACGAUUGGGACUCCGUCGCUUCAUCCUACACCAGCUCCACGUCCUCAUCUUUGCCGUCAUGCACGGAAUCUUCUCCCUCUACAUCAAGAUUCGCCAAACAUGGAAUGUCGUCGGAUACCAGAUCUCAUCGGUGGUCAAAUAUCACCACGGAACACCACAGUACAUCAAGAAGGACUUGCUGGGAUUAACCAAGAAACCCAAGCAUCUGAGUGUCAUUCUGAAGCUCGAGGAGAACCAUCGCACCAAGGCCGACGUCGAACGACUUCUGGACGAGGUAGCCGAGAUUGCGACAUGGUGCGCCUGCGCCGAGAUACCCAUGCUCUCUGUUUACGAGAAGACUGGUAUUCUCAAGAAGCACCUGCCUCGCGUCUACGAUGCUGUCAACCAGAAGUUCGCUUUCUACUUUGGCCCUGAGCAUCCAGGUCUCACUGUCACAUCGCCACACAAGGAAGACUUUCCAUCACCCUUUGGCGGUAAGCCCAAGGAACACCUCCGUCUUCACCUGGUCUCUGAACAAGAUGGACGUGAUUCAAUGGUCGAUCUCACCCGCACCUUGGCCGAGAUGUCUCAGAGAGGCAAGCUCGCUCCUCGUGACAUUUCCAUGGAGCUGAUUGAUGCUGAGCUUUCCGAGGGUAUCAUGGCUGAGCCUGAUCUGCUAGUCACUUUUGGUCCCUACCUUGAGUUGUCCGGUUAUCCUCCGUGGCAAAUCAGAUUGACCGAGAUAUUUUGCCUGCAAGACAAUGAGAGGUCCGGGUACCAGGUGUUCCUCAAGGCUCUGCAACACUACGGCAGAGCCCAGAUGCGCCAUGGCAAAUAG